CGACAAUCGACCAGGAACUCUUCCCGUAUAAUAGUUCUCCACACCCAACGCUGCCGUCAUCGUCAUAUGUGAAGUGGCGAUACCGCCAUAAAGAACUUGCGAUCACGGCUUUCGCUAUGCUCAAGCGGAAAGCACCCUCUAGCAUUGAUGAGGCCGAGAAGAGGCCGGAGAGAACGCCAUGUAUACCAGAGCCUGGAUACAGUCCACCUAGUAUCCGUUUCAAUGCGCUUUGCUCAGUCUGUGAAGCAACGUUCUCCCGUGUAAGGGAGGAUCAAAAUACAUUUUCCUGCUUUCAUAGCAUCACAGAGCUCAUUACGUCGGCUGCGGAAGGAUGUCAUUUCUGCAAUCUAAUAACAAAUAGCAUGAGUUCGAGCAAGGGCUCUCCACAACUCAUGAAAGAAAAUCUUCUGACAGAGAAUGAUCCUCAAACAACGGCGACAUUUAAAGGUCUUAAGGCGGAAACACGUUAUGUUGCAGAUAUCGGAAUCUCCUUUUUACUACGCCGUAGUGACGCGCUUGAUCACGAUGUCCUCGCUGAAGUAGAUUUACUCUUUGGAGAUGGCGCAGAUGAUACCGGAGAAUUCACGCUGAGCGGGGAUUCCCAAAGCGAAAACAGCUGGGAUCAAGUCCUCCAAUGGAACAGGCAAUGCUUGGAAAAGCAUCUCGCCUGCAAACCCAGCUCAACCGCUAUUCCGAAGAGUGACUACCCAGCUCGAUUGAUCUGCGUGGGCGACAACCCCAGCACCAUUGUCAAGCUUUUUGAAACAUCGAAAAUAGAAGUAUCGAAGAGUUAUACAACACUUAGUCAUUGCUGGGGCAGUCACAUCCCUCUCAGGCUCCUCACCGAUAACUAUUCCUCGCUUCUUGAGGGAUUCAAACUGAUUGAUCUCCCUGAGACAUUCCGAGAUGCAAUUACAACGACAAGGAAGCUGGGUAUCCCUUUUCUCUGGAUUGAUUCUCUAUGCAUAAUUCAAGACUCUGCCGUGGAUUGGUCCACAGAGUCGAGCAAAAUGGGCCAGAUUUACAAAAAUUCCUAUCUAAAUCUGGCGGCAGCGGCGGCUAAGGAUUCGACUGAGGGUUUAUUCUUUCCACGAUCUCCUUUGCAGUUUGUACCAUGUCACGUUAGAGCUGGUCGGACUGGAAAUAUGAGAUCUGUGAGAUCAACUUACAGUCCAGAAGGAGCGGGCUCGGACGAAAUGAUUCUCUACUCCAGAGCGUGGGUAUUCCAGGAAUGGCUAUUAGCGCCAAGGACGCUGAUUUUUGGAAAGAAUGAGCUUUUGUGGGAAUGCGGUGAACUCAACGCCAGUGAAGUAUACCCUAAGGGGUAUCCAACUCUUUUGGAUUCAGUGAAGGGGGUGGAAAGACUACGCCUUGCCACACUCCGCAAUGAAUGGCAAAAUUUAUACUGCAAAGAUUCCAUCGAGCGUUGGGAGUUAUGGUGUCGGGUAACCAACGAUUACUCGAAGCGAAAAUUGACUAGAUUUUCCGAUAAGCUCGUGGCGCUGUCAGGUUUUGCGGCUGAAAUGGCAAAGAGCUGGGAAGGAAUGGACUAUUUGGCGGGUAUUUGGUCAUAUCGGCUUCGUCGUGGCCUGCUCUGGCGUUGUGUUGAACCCGUUAAACUUUGUCAUCGGCUAGUAUGUACGACACCGUCUUGGUCAUGGGCAUCUACAGAUAGGCCUGUCUUCACAGACUUCGAACACCACUUCAUCGAUGGGUUAGUCGAGAUUCUAGAUGCUAGCAUCCAGCAUUCGGUACCGUCACAUCGAUAUGGCGCAGUAAUCGAUGGCCACAUCAAGAUUAAAGGACCGAUGCUGAAAGCGACGAUAGUCGAGCGUAAAGACGACGGAGAAUGGAACAUUCUUCUCUCAGACGAUUCGAAAGAGAACACGGAUGGCUCGGAACACGAUGGCUCGGAACACGAUAGCUCGGAACACGAUGGCUCGGAAUACGAUGGCUCGGAAUACGAUGACUCGGAAGAUCUGGACUCAAGUUUGCCAUUUACGAUUCGAGCGACAAUCUGCUGGGACGAUCCGACAUUUCAAAAGAUCAUUAAAGCUGCAUCCGUAUAUCUGGUGCCAUUCGAAAUAUCUCUGCUGCCGGAUGACGCCGGCUUGGAUUUGCAAGGCCUGAUACUGCUCCCUACGCUCACAAAUGCUGGACAAUUCCGUCGCCUAGGAUGGUUCAGAGUUGAAGAUAAGUGGCGCGGUAACAAGCAUAUGAAGAGAUCGAUUUCACUUAGCUACGAUGAUAAUUCACCUCGGGAUUCUGUGCCAGAGGAAGUGGAAAGUUUGGACGGCUGUUUGCAGGUGCCCCCAGACAAAAUCGAUGGUCUUUGGCCGUAUCGCACAGCUCUUGAGCUUAAAGCGAUAUGGAUAGAUAUAAACGCGAGAGAAGCUGCAGAAAGGGAAGCAGCUUCGUAUGACGUGCGGACACGAAAGAUACAAGAAUUCAUGGUUGAUUUGACGAAGGCAGCGAACCGAGAUGGUACUAUUUCACAAAGCGGUCAAUCCAAGAAGGAUGAUUUCUAUUGUAACGGAAUGAUGAAUACAACUCUCUUGGAACGUUACGGUGACGACAUGAGGCAUAUUUAUCCGAAGAUCCAUUCUUUCCUGGUUAUGACGUUUAUACGUUUCAAUUCGGAUAGAGAAGAAGGUAAGCUAUGCGAAGAGUUGUAUGAGGAACACCAUGGAAAUGGGUAUUUCACCUUUCGAAUUGUAUAACAUACCAGACACCUUUGUCUAUUUUUUAGUCUUCCUGUCACGGAUCGGAGGCACGGACACGGGACGUGAAAAAGGAACGGAUGAGCACGUGGAACGUAGAUAGUUACCCUCGUGAAGAGCCCUAAGCUCACCACUCACUUACCUUUGAAUACAAUUC